AGAGAGAGAGAGAGAGAGAGAGAGAGAGAGAGAGGGAUUAUGGGAGAAAAAGGGGUGACGCUGGAAGAGCUGAAGAAGAGAAUGGCGGAGUUCGCGAGGGACAGAGACUGGGAUCAGUUCCACAGCCCUAGGAACCUCCUCCUGGCCUUGGUUGGGGAAGUUGGGGAGUUGUCUGAGAUAUUCCAAUGGAGAGGCGAAGUAGCAAGAGGGCUACCUGGUUGGAAAGAGGAAGAGAGAGAGCACCUGGGCGAGGAGCUGUCGGAUGUGCUGCUUUACCUGGUCAGGCUCUCCGAUGUUUGUGGCAUUGAUCUUGGUGAGGCCGCACUGAGGAAGCUGCAGCUCAAUGCCCUCAAGUACCCAGUCCACCUUUCCAAGGGCUCUUCCAAAAAGCACACGCAGAUCAACGCAAAUGCGCCAGCAGUUGCUGACAGCAAUGGGGAUUGCUAGUUUGGAUGCACUUCACUUGGCAAUGAGGCCAAGAUAGCCACAGCUCUUCUAACAGUGGAAAGCUAAAAAGUACUAAGUAGUAGGUACUUUAGUGGGGGUUUGUUGUUGAUUUGGCUUUGACCAUAUCUAGUGUCAUUUCGAGUAAGAUGAUUAGCUCCUUUUGGGUUCUGGUACUGAUUUGGUUUGUGUAACUAGUGACAGUGGGUGUUUAGGGUUUACUGUGCAAUGCUUUUUCUCUCCUUGAUUUACUGAUCGAGUGAAGGGUUAGAUAAAGAUAAAUGGGCAUAUUUGGGUUUUGUGGUGGUGGGUCAUGGGGUUGGUGGUGAAACAGUGAAAGUGGACACGGAAAGUGCAAGUCUGCAAGUCGAUAGGGUUUCUUCUGA